CUGGUGGGCAACGGGCUGGGGCUCUGGCAUCUCUGCACCGGACCCCGCGCCCGCCACCCGCUCGGCGUGCUGGUGGGCAACCUGGGCCUGGCCGACCUGCUGUACGUCAGCACGCUGCCCUUCCUCGUCAGCUACUACCUGCGCGACAGAGUGUGGACCUUUGGGCAGGGCUGGUGCCGGAUCACCAGGGGCCUCUUCCACCUCAACCUCUACGCCAGCAUCGGCUUCCUCACCUGCAUCAGCAUCCACCGGUACCUGGGCAUUGUGCACCCGCUGAAGGCGCGGGGCAGGUGCCAGGGGGCAGCCUCCUCUGUGUGGCUCAGCGCCGUGGUCUGGGUGUGGGUCAUCGUGCAGGUAGUCCCCGAUUUUGCCAUCAGCAAGAUGGACGACACGGGGACGCGGUGCCACGACACGACGGGGCACGAGAACCUGGGCGUUUACUUGCCGUACACCCUGGCUGUCACUGUGACUGGGUUUGUCAUCCCGUUCCUCAUCAUCGUCGGAUGCUACUGCCAAGUGGUGGUGGCGCUCUGCAGGAAUGACACCGUGGACGUCGGCCUCAGGAGAAGAAGCAUCAGGCUGGUGAUUCUCGUGAUGGUCCUCUUCUCCAUCUGCUUCCUCCCCUACCACAUCUUCAGAAACCUCAACUUGCUGUCUCGAGGCUGGCAGCUGCAGGGCUCCUGCACACAGGCUUUAAAGAACAUCUACAUUUCCUACCAGGUGACCCGGGCCCUGGCCAGCUUCAACAGCGCCCUCAACCCCCUGCUCUACGUGAUGACCAGCGAGGACUGCGUGUCACGCAUAAGGAGCAUCCGCCAAAGAGUCAGCCAGUCCUUGAGUCCCACCUUCAGGAGGAAAACCACUUGCCAGGAGGAUGAGAAGAAGGUGGGCAUCAUUCUUUGUGAGGAGGAGGCUUCUGAUGAGCUUUGA